CUUGAGAAGAGGUAAUACUCCGCAUCUCGCCGCACCCGUAUGAAGACCGGACACAGGAGGACACCACACCGCACCACACCGCGCGUAGCUGCCGCUCCUGCUCGGGAGAUACAUGUGGUCUGAACAGCGUCGAACCAGUAGCAUCAUGGCUGAUGACCUGGACAUCGAGGCAAUGUUGGAGGCCCCAUAUCGUAAGGAUGAUGUCAAAGCCCAGAGCCCAAAUGGCCAGGAGGAACGCAGCAAGAAGAAGAAGCGUAGCCGAAGCCGCAGUAGAGACAGGAAGGGGAGCAGGAGUAGAGACAGGAAGAAGAGCCACGACCGCAAACGCAGCAGGAGCCGUGAGCGGCGUAGGAGUCGCAGCAAAGAGCGCCGCCGCAGUCGCUCCAGGAGCAGAGAGAGGAGCGGGCGAUACCGAGACCACCACAAGACUGCUUUCCGUAAACGCUCGAGGAGCAAGAGUCCCUUCAGGAAGGACAAGAGUCCAAUCCGGCAGCCAAUAGACAACCUGACCCCAGAAGAGCGUGAUGCCAGGACAGUGUUUUGUAUGCAGCUGGCUGCUAGAAUACGACCUCGAGACCUGGAGGACUUCUUCUCUGCUGUAGGAAAGGUCCGGGAUGUGCGUAUGAUCUCUGACAGGAACUCUCGCAGGUCAAAGGGCAUCGCUUAUAUUGAGUUUGUUGAGGCAAACUCUGUUCCUCUGGCAAUAGGUCUGUCAGGACAGAGACUGCUGGGUGUCCCUAUUAUAGUCCAAGCUUCACAGGCAGAGAAGAACCGGGCAGCAGCCAUGGCCAACAACCUGCAGAAGGGCAGCUGCGGACCCAUGAGGCUGUAUGUGGGCUCGCUACACUUCAACAUCACAGAGGAGAUGCUGAGAGGAAUCUUUGAACCAUUCGGACGAAUUGAGAGCAUUCAGCUGAUGAUGGACAGUGAGACAGGACGCUCUAAAGGCUACGGCUUCAUCACUUUUGCUGAUGCAGAGUGUGCGAAGAAGGCCUUGGAACAGUUGAAUGGGUUUGAACUGGCAGGACGUCCCAUGAAGGUUGGUCAUGUGACUGAAAGAACUGAUGCCUCCACUGCGUCCUCCUUCCUGGACAGUGAUGAACUGGAGCGCACUGGCAUUGACCUGGGGACCACUGGGAGACUCCAGCUGAUGGCCAGACUGGCUGAGGGUACAGGCCUCCAGAUCCCCCCUGCUGCCCAGCAGGCUCUGCAGAUGAGUGGUGCCAUCGCUAUAGGAGCCAUGGCUGCUGUCUCAGCUGCCAUGAACCCAGCCAUGAACCCAGCUCUCAACAUGAACAUGAACUCUGCUGCCAUGAACCUCCCCUCCCAGCCGCUGGCCACACACUGCUUCCAGCUGUCCAACAUGUUCAAUCCAAGCAGUGAGGAGGCACCAGGCUGGGAUGUGGACAUCCAGCAUGAUGUGAUUGAGGAGUGUAACAAACACGGCGGAGUCGUCCACAUCUACGUUGAUAAGAACUCCACUGAGGGUAACGUGUACGUUAAAUGCCCCACAAUCCCUGCUGCCAUGGCAGCCGUCAACGGCCUGCAUGGGAGGUACUUCGCUGGGAAGAUGAUCACAGCUGCCUACGUUCCUCUGCCGACCUAUCACAACCUCUUUCCUGACUCUGUCACCGCCACUCAGCUCCUGGUCCCGCCUCCACGCCGGUGAUCUCACCUGCCAGUCGCCAUCACCACACCCACUGACUGGACACUGACCUCUAUGUCCUCCUCCUUUCAUCUCCCCUGUCAGUUGGAGAGACGGGGAGCUUUGUUUUGUUCUAGUGCAAGAAGUAGUUCCUUCUCACUUCCUGCUGAAGAGAGUUCUGUUUUUCCCCACAGAUGUUUAGAGUUGAGGGACGUCCUGUGUUAGAGUCUGGACAACACAGGAUCCACCUGCAGUGUCAUGAGGUUUCCUUCAGUUCUGCUUCCUGCCCUGUCUGCUCCCCUGAGGACCUUGAGAAUACUGUCCAUUGAUUAAGCUCCAUGAGCUCUGUGGAGGCCGGCUCGUGACAGAUCAUUCGUAAAGAAGUCAUUUGGUAUUUAAGGAUCUGUUUUCUAAUCAACAUUUGAUUUUGUAAAAUCCUUGAUUAAAUUUUAUUUUA